CUUCAUGCCGCGUCCGCUGGGGAUGCAUCCGGACGAGUUGGAGGUCCUCCUCCACGGGGCGUCGCUCGAGCUCCCCGCGUGCGAGCGAGCGAAGGCGAUCGCGCUCCGCCUCAAGCUCGUCUGGCGCCUCCGGCUCGGGCCGGCCGGCUCCUUCGCGGCGCUGACCUCCCUGACGAUCCUCUUCGCCCUCAUGGACGGCGGCGAGGUCACCGCCCUCGUGUCCACGCGAUGCCCGCGCCUGAGGAACCUGAGGCUCUGCCUCGAGCUCGUCGGCGAUCAUGGCAUCUCCAUUCGCUCCGGCUCGCUGCGCUCGCUGAGCAUCUGCGUCGCGAGAAAAUGGCGGCUGGAGGUCGCCGCCCCAAGGCUGGAAUACCUGUACGUAGGCGGGGCCAUUGACGAGGCUCGCGUCUCCGCCCCCAAGCUUGCAGGGUUGGUCUGGUCGUGCCCCAACUACGACCCUCACCGCCACCAGUUCGAAGACGCCGGCCGCCGCCGCCUCCAGCUGAUGGACAUCGGUUUGGCUUCUGCAGCGGGGUUGCUGAUGCAGCAAUUCGAUGGAGCUGAUCAGUUAAGACUGCGAGUCAGUAUUCCACUGGGGGUAGCAUACAAAAGCUUCUUGAAUGAAACAAGCAAGCUGCCCAAGUGUCAGACGUUGAACAUUACCUUACCGACGAAUUCUUGCCAUGGUUUGGCACCAGUCAUGUUGCAUCUCCUGAGGAGUUGUAGCAGCACAAAGAAGGUUUCCGUACAAUUGCUUGGUUUAACUGACUACCCAACGUGGCUUCGUUGCCGGUCAAAUUGCCCUUGUCGCUUGGAGGAGAGUCGCAGGAUUGAUGGCAUUGAUCUCAAUUCACUUGAAGAGGUGGAAAUCACGUCCUAUAGAGGUUCUCAAGAAGAAUUGUUGGAAUUUGUGGAGCAUCUAUGUAGAUGCAAUGCACCGAUCCUCAAAAAGCUGGUCUUCAGCCAUACAAAGUUCUCUGCUCCUUCACAAACCAAGGCUCUAUUUGAAAAGAUCCGUAGCAUGUGCUAUCCAAAAAUUGAUGUCGAAUUCUAUGACUUCAUGGAUGGGGCAUGGGUGUGUUUCUACGGUUUCGACUGAUUACCCAUGGCUCAUAAAAGUAAGAAAAUAUAAUGUAAUAUGGUCGAUUUUGCACUCUUCCACCUAUUUGGAAGAGCAGAAUUUAAUUGUUCCAAGAUUUUUCAGGAUAUAGUUUGUCGGUGGUGACAGGUUUGUCAAAAAUUUUGGUCAUUUUGAAUUUAUUCCCACCCCCUUCCUCCUA